CGGGAACAUGGCUACAGCCAAGCCAUGGCUAGAUUCAUGACUUUAGACUAAAGUUUUUAUGGCUACAUCCAUGUCCUUAGCCUAAAUCCUACCACUGUGGGUGCAAUCCUGUAGCUUCUGCAAGUCUCACCUCCAGGCUGGAAGGUUGGUCUUUUGUCCUUUCUAUUUUUUGUCUUUUGAUGGCAGAAAAUUGAGCUUCAAUCUUCAGACUUGGAAAGGUGAACAGACUAUUAUGACUGGAUAGCGAAUCGAACAGCCAAAGAGAACUUGAUCACAUGAGCCGCCGCACUUUCCCCGAAGACUCGCAUUCAAGGGACCUGAACGUAGGGCCAUUUAGUACGAAAUUCGAGUUGGAAUCCUUCUUUGUGAUACGGAAAGCAGUGAAGAAGUUGAACGAGACGCAGCAGCUGACACGAGAUUCCAGAUUUGCUUCCGUGCAUCCUUUUUGUCCAUCAGUGAUCGGGAUUUACCCAAAUCAAGUAGCCGACAUUGAAACCCCGCAGUGGAGUCAGUUACAGUCAGGACUCAGAACACGUUGCAACUCUCCCCAGGAACCCAUGAAACUAUUCCAACCCCGUAGCUCAGAGUCUGAGUCCUCACGCACGGCCUCUUCCAUUGCUCUCCCAGUCCCACGCACCCGUAUUCUCACCUUCCGGACCCCAAGUGGCGGCUCGAGCACUAGCACCCAGCCUGACACCAUCGGUGAAGUGCUCCACACGCCCAAUUCCAAUGCGUCCCCGAGAAAGACAGCCUUGAAAGGCACAGCUCCGGGGCCUGUCGCUCGAGACACCGCGUCCGACAGUCAGCUGUCAUCGGAGCCAGGAAUCCAGCGUGCCAAUCUCGGGAUCGCUGAUGCAGCGAGCCUGUUUCUGCGCAUGCGCCCUCGACAGGUCAAGAAGCCCCAUCACAUCGAAUCAUCCUCCGGGCUUCAACCUCUGUCCCACUCGCAGGUAGUCGAGGGCGCGCAAGAUGCGUGGCGCUCGACAGUCCGGCGUGCGGACGUCUUCAUCUGCGAAGGCGGGGUGAACGUGGUGCAGCUACUGCGGGUCGCACGUGAAGAUCUCCUGGAGGAUGCGGGGGUCAUGGGAGGGAACGCCUUAGUAGAUGAACGAUGGGACUGCACAAUCUGUGGGCCGAAGCAUCGGAGGAAUGGCUUCUUCAAAGUGGAGAUAGCAUACUCUGCCUCUGCGAUGCGAUCCAGUACGUCGGACCCGCAUCGACCGGUUGCGGUCGCCCAAGCUCGAGGCGUUCCCGGGCUCAUGUCCGUCAUCAAGCGGAAUGUAUGACUGUAACAUUCGAGAAAUGCGUUUCCCUCCUUAUCCUCCGUUGUGACACUGACAUUGUACCAUCAAGCACUCAUUCUACAGCACUUUCCCCCAUACAUGUAUCCGCCUGUCUAGCACUACAGCAUCCCCAUGAACAAUGUUAUAUUAGUCUCACCGAUCGAUUGUCGUCAGGCGUUCUACAGCCUUGUGUGAUUGCUGUCGUCGCUGCACAAUGCAGACAAAUUGAGCGUUUUCUCCUCGUUUUGUUGGUGCAUCACAUGCGAGGCUCGCACGCACAGCCCGCCCCCGCAGCCACAGUAUGGACCACGCAUGUCGCUGGCUCCGAAGCAGAGCCCUGCGGUGCCCCGACGUCGAUCGGAAAGGCGCAUUGUUGCCCGGAUGAUUCAGCCGAAAGCUGUUAACAGCCGGGCCAAGCCUCUUCGUUUCCUUUUCGGGAAACGAUGUUCGCAGAUCCUUUCACAGCUUUCCCUGCUAUAAAAGAGAGGCUUGCCACCCUUCCAUGUGUUGCUCCAGCACCCCGCAACUCCACUCCACCACCUACUCCCUUCUGCAUCUGCAGCUGAACAUGGAACAAAUCUACUCGAAGCGCAUCCAAUUCCACAUUGAUGCAGCCACCUUACUCCCUUCCGCAAAACGUGCAGGGAAGGCUCCCGUCCGUCCAGACGCCUACGUCAGCGUGCAGAUUGUCCGCGAUCUGUCCGACGCGGAUCAUCCUCGGGCCGCUACGGGCCGCGUUCUCCAAACAACUGCUGUCAAAGGAGAAAUGACAAAUCCGAGAUGGGAGCAGAACCUGGAAUACAUGGACCUCUCUGGCCAACCGGCUGUGGUGUUUGAGAUCAUGCAGCGGUCUGGCCGGCUCGGCCGACGCAGCUCGCUCAGUGUGGCGAAGACGGAGCCGUAUCCGCUCAGCACGUUGCUCGCCAUGCAGGGUGGGAACGCUUUUGAUCGGAAUAUCGAGCUGCCGCUCCACUCUCCGCCCCUGCCCGCCGCCUCCGACGAAGCCGCGACCGCGGGCAUUCUGUCUGUCAAUAUCCGUGAACUUGCGACUUCGCACACGGCUCAUGAAAACGUCAAGGAGGCUGCCAGACGCUCGCAGGAGAUCAGGAGGCUAUCUGAGGAUAAUAUCCAAGCCGACCCUAGCACAAAUGAAGAUACCGCUCUCCCCAAGCGGUCUGUGCGCUGGGCCGCGUGAUCGCUGCAUAUAUAUAAAUGUCUUACUCAUCGUGGUCUUUGAGGGGGGGUUUGUCCUUGGACACGCAUGCGUUAUUUGCAAUUUUGUACUUACUCAUCGCUCUAUCCUCAGCGAAUAUACAUUGCUGUCAUACUGCCUAUGAUC